AUGGACCUACAAACGCUCGAAGAUUCCACCUGGAUCGAUAAAUGGAAGAAGGCUAAAGACUGGGAUGCCUUAGUCGACUUGAAUACCGAGUUUAUCGAACUAAGCGCAGCCGGUAUCCAAGACGUUCACACACCUUAUCACCUUCGCCCCCUUGAUCCGGAGUCUGAGGAACUGGUGCCUGCGCUGCUCCACCUCCAUGAGUAUGGCAUGUUGACGACGAACAGCCAGCCAGCCUCCGCAAGCUCUUGCUUCUCCGACGAAGACGAAGAGUGGAUUGACAUCCGUCAGAUCCCUUUUGUGGAAUUCUUUUUGCGGCUUGAUGGAACGAGGCCCAUGCAUUUUCUCGAGCGUCUUUCUAGAGAUCGUAAUCUCAUAAUUACCGCAGUUAUGCACGCGCAUGGCGUGGUCGUGGCGCCCCUACCGGAUGGUGUCACUGCCAUACCAUUAUCAUUCGAACGGGUGCGACCGCGAAUGCCGCAGACCAACGAGUCAGCAGAAUGGUGUGUGAUCACAGCCACGCCUGACGAGCCUCUCUCUCUUGAUGAGUUUGGGUUUGAAGACAUCCCGGCCGUCUGUAACGACUUGGUCGUCUCUUGUAUGGUGAUGCCUAUGCAUGACGGUGAUUUGUACAAGGAGGAGGAGGACGCUAUGUUCCUGCAGAAGCUGGAAGUGGUUGAUAUUCUAGCAUCCAUUGCCGACCAUGCUCGAGAAGCAGGGCUGGAAUCAACUCGGAAAAGCUCUCUUGCGGAAUCGGGAAGCCAGGCUACGACUCACUAG